CUCGGUGCUGUGACGGACUGUGAAUGCCAAGUGGGAGAAUAUGUUUUUUAUAAACCAGAAAGUGUAGAAACAUCUGGUUUCUUGGCAAACAUGCUGAAGAGUUAUAUUGGUGGCUCUGGUGUUUACCAGAUCUGUCACAUGGUUGGGCUGCAAAAGACAAUCCUUUUGUUUUUUAUUGGUGUUUUUCAUACAUUCAGCUUUUUAAAAAUCAGAUAAAUGUACUUAGCAGUUAUAACUUUACAUAAAAGCAGCCUGAAGGUGAAGACAGAAGCCAUUUAACUCUCAAUGUGUUAUUUUAACACAGACUAAGAAGAACAAAUCCAUAUGAUUAAUCAUAUGAUUAUAAUUGCUUGCAGUUAUGGAGAUAAUCUGCAAUCAAGAUCCUUGCACCUGAUAAGAGGCAGAACUUUAUGAAAUAUUUCAAAAUCUUUUAAGCAUGGCCCCUGUGCAUUCUUCUUCUUUACCUGCCGCUCCCAGCAGGAAAUCCCUGAUGAGCAUGCCAAAAACUUUCAUCACAAUGUUUACUCAUAGAAGAAUACUGAUAUUUCCCGAUAGUUUUUUUAUCAAAAAUAAAACAAAGCAAAGCAAAUUUUCCCCCCAACAAUUUAUCUAAACUCUGUGGUUAUUUAAGGAUUAUAUUAAGAGCAUCAUUUCAAACAUCUGUGAGUACAAUCCUUAUCAAUCGUUUAAAUUUCUUUGUAAUCUAUUUUAAUUGCUGGAGGAGAAGUGGGGGUAGAAUAACUUUUACAUUUACAAAGUAAUCCAAGCAAGCAAGUCCUAUUGAACUCAAUGGGGCUCAAGUUUUGAAUAUACAUGUCUAGGAUUGCACUGUAAGAGCAUGGGUCACCAAUGUGGUACCUGUGGGCACACAGCUGCCCACAGGAGCCGCAUCGGAUGCUCCCAGGGUCUCACCCCCCUGCUGAAAUUAGCUAAAGAUGGCUUCUUCCAAGGGUAAUAGAAUGAUUAUUUUUUUCAGGCCUAAUAGAGGCAUGAGGUGAUUUUAGUGGGGUUACAGCUUGGGAAGGGAGAGUUGCAGCAUGCAUGUACUGCUCAAACUGUUCCUUUGUUUUGCAAAUGUGACCACAGGCCCAAAAAGAAUAGUAACAUCUGGUAAAGGGCUUAGGGUCUGACUUCCUUGAUUUUAGGCCUUGCUUACUGCUCUAAUAAUGGGUGAUAUCUUCCAUCCGAGGUUGACCACAAAUACAAAGAUUGUUUGCAUACUGGAGCUUUUUGUAGCAGCCAUCCAAGGCUAUGGUGGGAAUCACUUAGAAAUAGCAUAGCUAAGGUGGCACUGGGCUGGCUGUGGCACUGAGGCCCACCUGAAAGUGGUACAAGGCCCAAAGAUGAAUCCCAGCGCAGUGUUUGAGAAACACUGGUCUAAUCCAUUUUAUGUUCCUAAAAACAAACAAAAGCAUCCCUGAAAUAUAAGUAAAAAGCAGAAAAGCAGAGGCAGAGGGAGAAAGAACCGCUGAAUUAUUCAUAAAAUAUUUGUCCUGCCUUAACACAAUGCAGCUUACGUGUAUGUACACACAUACACACACAUUAUCCAGAUAAAAUGUAGGAAAUGAGUUACAAUAAGAUACCUGAAAUGAAGGACAGACAGCAGCUUUUCUUCUUUGAAGUACAUCUGAGGACAUCUGGUACACUUUAAAGAAGGAAAUUACUGCCACCAAGUAUUAUUUCUAAUUGACGAAGGUCACUCAUAUAGAGAGGACUGGACAUGAUGCAGAUCUGAAAAUGACAUUUUCCUGAAGUACAUGGCUACUUAGAUCUGAGACACCAGUUGAUAUCUGAACAGCCGGGCCUUAAAUCAUGUUUACUCAAAUCCCACUGAUUUCAAGUGGGUUCACUUCAAAGUUUAGGUUGCUUCAGACUGCAAUCUUACUGCAGAGUCUCAAAGCCCGACAUUCUUUGAUCACAUUUGAACUCUGUCCUCAUUACAGAGCUUGUAUUGCUUCAGGUUGUUAUUGUUCCAGAUGAGGACAGCAUUUUGAGUCCCUCAUCAUACAGACUAAUUUACUUCUCAUGAUCUCUUUGGCUCAACUGCUUCAAACCCUGUCUGGGCCUCAAGUUUAAGAACAACUUCAAAUUCCCAAAUCAACCUUAACCUUAUUUUUGAAGGCAAUUUUACCAGCAUAUGGGGCUACCUGCCAUAAUGGAAAUAGAUUUGCUAGGCUGAGAUUAAAUAAAUGUACCAGUCUAGCACUCAUGAUUCAUGGUUGCCUUAUGAUAUUAAUUAUCAAGGGAUGCCUUUUAUUCCAGAAUACACAUCCUGUGGUUGCUCCAGAUUUCAGUACAAUAUUUCCAAGGUCACUUUUUCAGAUUAGACAGGGCCCCUCACUUUACAGUUUGGUGACAGCUUUACCAGCUCAAUCUCAGUGCAUGCCUAACCAUUGAUUAAUUGCAUGCAUAUAUCGUAUUUUAUUGCACUACAAUCUGAAUUACACAGAAUUAAAAUUGUAAUAAAGCAAAAUACAAUACUGUAUAAAAAGAAGCAAUAAAAACAAAAAUGCCAUAUUCAACCACAAAUCGACAAACAUGCCACAGACCACCUGAAUAAAGCUCGCACGCCACACACACACACACAAAAAGCACCCAAUAAUACUGGGAAGUGCAGUUUAAUAGUGCUGGAAAUUGUAGUUCUGCUGGGUAAACUACAGCGCCUACAAUUCUUGGAGGCUGGAUGUGCUUUAAAUGUACGAUGCAUAAACAGCCAAGAAAAGAAACUAUCCCUUUUGCGACUCUCAGCAGAACUAGCAGACAACCCAAGGCCACCACAUAAUUUAACAUUCUGGCACCCCUCAGGGCCUCAGAGAUAUAUGCAGCACAUUGUAAGGGGUUGGACUAGAUGACCCACCAGAUCCCUUCUAUGAUUCUGGGAUUCUCCUCCAUAGGAUCACGCCCACCAGGCCUGAACCAAGCCACGUCUCAAGCAGCUCCACCACCCAACUGAAGGGUGAACCACCGACCGCACCAGACAAUCCGCUGGCACAUAAAUUUGCAACCCUGGGCAAGUCCUACAGCGUCCCUGAAUAACGAAGCCCUCAGGCUCUUAAAAUACAUCAGCACUGUACAGAUUUCAUGUGAUCAUAUAAGCAUGAACAACCGGCCAGGAAACCCCAACAGCUCAAGGAGGCCAUGGUCAAUAUGCUUGGAUGACCGAUUCAGUUUAGUUCAUCAAAUCAAAAGAAAGCAGUGCCGUCUAUAUUCACUGGGACUGGGCAGUGACAACAACCAGUUUGAGAUCAGCAUGGCCAAUAGUGGAUGUGAGGUGCAUCGCUUUGACCCCAGUAUCAAACCGGCACAUAUUCAGAAAGGACAGCGCCUCUGGUACCAUCGCCUUUCCAUUGACUGGCGGGAUCCAAAUCCAAUGAUUGUGGCUCAUAAGCUUCGUACCAACACCAAGAAGCUUGGCACUGUAUUAAAUGACUUUGGACACCACAAGAUCGAUAUACUCAAGGCAGAUAUGGAAAGUGCAGAGUGGAAAAUUUUGGAAAACCUGAUCCUAGAGGACGUUGUGGAACACAUAGGGCAACUGGUCUUGGAAAUCCAUGUUCAUUGGCCGGGAUUUGAGGUCAGCGGCAAUGACAGCACUGUGGUUCGAUACUGGUACAGUCUCCUAAAAGAGCUAGAACUGAAAGACUUCAGGCUUUUUCACACUUACAAAGACUUAUCAAAACCACAGAUGUUCCUAAAAAGGGAAGCCUUCAACGCAAGUAGUAGUUAUACACUGAGCUGGGUGAAUACAAGAUGGAAAUAGGGCUCCGGCCUACAGAACAGAACUGUGACUCAUCCCCUUCAGCGGUACUAUUGAAGGUGAGUUCAGAGACACACUUUAAAAAAUUACCCAAUGCGCAAAUAAAGCAGCUGUGGUAUAUGAUAAAAAUAUGUUUUUGUUCCCCCACCAAAGUGGGAAGGCAUAGCUUCUAUAUCAGGCUUCCUCAACCUUGGCCCUCCAGCUGUUUUGAGACUACAAUUUCCAUCAUCCCUGACCACUGGUCCUGCUAGCUAGGGAUCAUGGGAGUUGUAAGCCAAAAUCAUCUGGAGGGCAGAGGUUGAGGAAGCCUGUUCUAUACCCUAGAAGAGUUGAGGCCUGAAUUUAAAGUAUUUUGUUUACUUUGUCUAUGCACUUGGCUGCUGCCCAGCUCAAGCCUGUUGAGAUGUUUUCAUCAUCAUACUGAUUAAAAACUCAAAAUGUGGAAAAUAAGUUCUUUCUUCAUGGCCGAAUAGCACCCCCCCAAAAGCUGUCAAAUACUAAGUUUUCUGCUUUGGGGCGGGGGCUAAGAUUAUCAGGAUGGUGGUUUACAACAUAUGCUGUUAUUAACUGCCCAUCAUGUGUGAAAUGUGUCUUGUGCAGCCAUGCACAAGUACAAAACAGUUGUGUAAAUUCACACAGCAACAGCCAAGGUUUUCAAAAGGCAAUUCAGAUUGGGGCUUCUGGGGGAAUUAAGCCCCCUGCAAUUGUCCUAUCUGAAUCCUCCCAAAGUGGCACACAGGUGCCUGUAUGCUUCACACCCAUGGGGCAAACAGCUGUUUGAGGAGGCAUGCAGAACUGGGACUAUGUUAGCAAUGAAAAAGGUGAAACCUUUCCUCUCUCCAUGCUAUGACUCCACUACAAACACCCCCCAAACAGCUGAUUUUAAGUUUAAAAAACUGUGAGGAGAUCAUACCUAGUUAGGCCCUUAGAUGAAGCACAUGUAGCUGUGGUUGGGUAGAUGGGAAACACAAAUUUGGCAGCAGUAAUUUAUUGAUGCAUGUAUUCAGAAUGAAAAAGUAGUUUAGUACCAUAUUUUUCACUCCAUAGGACGCACCUUUCCCGUCCUAAAAAUGAAAGGGAAAAUAUCUGUGUGUCCUAUGGAGUGAAGGCUAGAGCAGCGUGCAGCAGGAAACGGGCUCUCCGGUCAACUCCUUGACAGCGGGCGGGGAGGAGAGCCCCCUCCUCGCCCACUGUCAAGGAGGCGCCUCAGAGCCCAUUUCCCACGGCUACCAAGCCUGCCCCUGCCAGAGCCGGCAGCAGCAGAGGGGUGCUGCUAAUUCUUCCCUGCCAACCCCAUUCGCGAAAACAAGCCUGCUUUUGCGAAUGGGGUUGGUGGGGAGCAACUAGCAGCAUCUCCUCUGCCUCCCCCCGCCUCCGCCGCGAUCGGCAGGGGCGAGGGGGAGGCAGGAUCAUCCCGAAAUUGGGCUUUUCUGCCCCCCUCCUCCUCUGCGAUCGCAGGGGGGGUGGGAGGGAGGGGCAGCCCCAAAGCAUGGCUUUGGGGCGGUUCCUUCAUCCCGUGGACAGCAACUCUCUCUCACACCCUUUCCAUCUGUCCCUCCCUUCUUUCUUUCACUCUCUCUCACCCCUUCCUUCCUUCCCUCCUUCCUUCUUGAGGCUGUCCUCAAGGUGAGUGGAGGGAUGGACGGGAGCCCCUUCCACCCCUCCUCCCAGCCUUUUAGAGGCGGAAAACCAGAAAAAUAUUUUUCUGGUUUUCCGCCUCUAAAAAUGAGGUGUGUCCUAUGGAGCGAAAAAUGCGGUAGCUAUAAUGUAGUAUUCUUACAUGCUUCAUCCACUAUAAAUGCCAUGUUAUCAGAAAUGUGUGAAGCGGUUCUAGAUUUCUGAAGAUGCUGCACACCUUCAACUGUAGAAAUGUACAGCACAAAGAAAUUCUCCCACAAUAUUUUAAUAUAAUAAAUUCAAUGAAAGUUAAAUUUACACUCUGGCACUGCAGAGAACUAGGCAGUUACAACUUAAAUAAAGAGUAAAAAGAAAGGAAGGAAGAAGCAGCAGCCACCUGCAGACAAUGCUAGAGAUGUUACACUAAGCUGGUAUCCAUCUUUUAAUAUAAAACAUUUAUUAAAAAUAAGAUCUGUAAAAAGGAGGUUUGAGACAUAUGUACAGUAGUUUAGCACAAAACACACAAUUCUAUGAAAUAAAAAUAGAUAUUAAAGUGCCCAUUUACAAGACUUAGGUGGUCAAAUGGCAAUGAAGCCGCAAUGUGCUUUCAAUUAUACCUUCUUGGAAGCAUUUCCAUAAAGGCAGUAAUUCACUAAUUGCACAAGCUCCACUGGCUGAAUGGGGCCUAUGCUAAAACAGCAUUUGAUGAAUUGCUCGUUAACUGUCUUAUAUACAUAUAUACAUAAUAUUCUUUGGAUUUAUUUUAUUAUAAAAAGAGAAUCUUUGAGUAAGAAUAGAAACCUGACUUGUCAAUAAUAAUUAUAAAAAAAGGAGUCAUGAUAAAAUUGUAGCGAGUUUCUUAGCAUGUAUCCAAAUCCAUGCAUCUGCAAAUAUAAUGGGAUUGAAAAAAAUACCUGGAGGUGAGGGAGCAUAAAGUGUAUUUCCUAUCCCAUCUCACCUCAGUGAAUGGAAUUGGUUGUUUGGGGGGGGGCGGCUGAUAGGAAGGGUGUGGAUUGCUGAAUAUUGGGCUCCUGCAAAAAGAAGGUGCCCCCACCCAAUUUUUGGUGACUGCUGCUUUAGCCCCCAUGUACUACAGCCCACCCCACUCAGCAGCAUGCCCUAACACCCAGGAAAGGCCUUUUGGUAGUGGGAGGAGCUAUUAAAAGUACCUCAUGCUCACCACAUUUCGUAAGCAUUUCUCUGAUCUAACCCAUUAGCUAUAUCCAUCUGCUCCCCACAAAAUGGAUAAUGGUGAAGAGAAACAUCCAGGACUUGAUGGAACCCAUCUUGGAGCUAGAGGAAGAUUAAGCAUAGAAACAGAUAGACAUCCUCUGCCUACCUGGGUCUCUGCACUAGGCUUUCCUUCAUAUUUUCAAGCAGGGCUGUUGAGUUUGAGGGGAUUGCCCUCACAAAGAAACAACAACCGUGUUGCACAUAUAAAAUCUUUGUGUAUUUCAACAUAACCAACAACUGCUGUUAA